CGGCGUCCGGGGAGCCGGCACCACCGUCAGCUCGCAGUCUCCAAGGGUCCGCCCGAGGAGGCCGAGGCUGCGGACGCCGGCGCACAGGCCAUGGCCUCCCCCGGGCUGCCAGAGCCUCCCGCCGAGGGCUCGCCCUGGCCUCUGCGCCUGCUGCGCGCGCCUCCCGGGCUGCUGCGGCUGGACCCCACCGGCGGCGCGCUGUUGCUGCUCAGCCUCGCGGCGCUGCUCGGCUGGCGGUGGUGGCACCGGGAGCGGGGCAUCCCCCCCGGGCCCACGCCCUGGCCCGUGGUUGGCAACUUCGGCUUCGUGCUGCUGCCUCGGUUCCUCCGACGGAAGAGCUGGCUGCACCGCCGGGAGAGGGCCGCAGGAAUGGAGCCCUCGGCCCUGGACCCGCGGGUGCUCCUGGCCGACCUGGCCCGCGUGUACGGCAACGUCUUCAGCUUCUUCAUCGGCCACUACCUGGUGGUGGUCCUCAGCGACUUCCACAGCGUGCGCGAGGCGCUGGUGCAACAGGCCGAGAUCUUUAGCGACCGCCCGCGGGUGCCGCUCGUCUCCCUCGUAACCAAGGAGAAGGGGAUUGUAUUCGCACAUUACGGUCCUGUCUGGAGACAGCAGAGGAAGUUCUCACAUUCAACUCUUCGUCAUUUUGGCUUGGGAAAGCUGAGCUUGGAGCCCAAGAUUAUUGAAGAGUUUAAAUAUGUGAAAGAGGAAAUGCAGAAGCAUGGAGAAGACCCCUUCGACCCUUUCCCCAUCAUCAACAAUGCCGUCUCUAACAUCAUUUGCUCCCUGUGCUUUGGCCAGCGCUUUGACUACACCAAUAGUGAGUUUAAGAAAAUGCUCCAUCUUAUGUCACGAGCCUUAGAAAUCUGUCUGAACACCCAGCUCCUCCUGGUCAACAUAUGCUCCUGGCUUUAUUAUCUUCCCUUUGGACCAUUUAAGGAAUUUAGACAAAUCGAAAAGGAUAUUACCACUUUCCUUAAAAAAAUCAUCAAAGACCAUCGAGAGUCUCUGGAUGUAGAGAACCCUCAGGACUUCAUAGACAUGUACCUUCUCCACGUGGAGGAGGAGAGAAAAAAUAACAGCAAUAGUAGCUUUAAUGAAGAUUACUUAUUUUAUAUCAUUGGUGAUCUCUUCAUUGCUGGAACUGAUACCACAACUAACUCCUUGCUUUGGUGCCUUCUGUAUAUGUCACUGAACCCCGACGUACAAGAAAAGGUUCAGGAAGAAAUUGAAAGGGUCAUUGGUGCUGACAGAGUCCCUUCCCUCACUGACAAGGCCCAGAUGCCCUACACGGAAGCCACCAUCAUGGAGGUCCAGAGGCUGACGGUGGUGGUGCCGCUUGCCAUUCCUCACAUGACCUCGGAGAAAACAGUGCUCCAAGGAUAUACUAUUCCUAAAGGCACAGUGAUAUUACCCAACUUGUGGUCAGUACACAGAGACCCAGCCAUUUGGGAGAAACCAGAUGAUUUCUACCCUAAUCGAUUUCUGGAUGAUCAAGGACAACUUUUUAAAAAAGAAACAUUUAUUCCUUUUGGGAUAGGGAAGCGGGUGUGUAUGGGAGAACAACUGGCCAAGAUGGAAUUAUUUCUGAUGUUCGUGAGCCUAAUGCAGAGUUUCACAUUUGCUUUACCCAAGAAUUCUAAGAAGCCCAUCCUGACUGGAAGAUAUGGUUUAACUGUAGCCCCACACCCAUUUAAUAUAAUCAUUUCAAAGAGAUAAAGAACACAUCCAAGAAGAGAAUGUA